ACAGGAAGUCAGUCAGUUAAGCUGUGGCAGCAGCAGCAGCAGCAGCGGCAGCAGCCGCCGCCAAGGCGACCGAGAGGGGACGGGCAGCAGGUCCCCGGGGUGGCGGCCAGCCGGCCGGGGAGGCCCUCGGCCACCAUGGUGCCCUGCUGGAACCACGGCAACAUCACGCGCUCCAAGGCGGAGGAGCUGCUCUCCAGGACCGGCAAGGACGGUAGCUUCCUUGUGCGCGCCAGCGAGUCCAUCUCCAGGGCGUACGCGCUCUGCGUGCUGUAUCGGAAUUGCGUCUACACCUACAGAAUCCUGCCCAACGAAGAUGACAAGUUCACUGUGCAGGCGUCCGAAGGUGUCCCCAUGAGGUUCUUCACCAAGCUGGACCAGCUCAUCGAGUUCUACAAGAAAGAAAACAUGGGGCUGGUGACGCACCUGCAGUACCCCGUGCCCCUGGAGGAAGAGGACGCCGGCGACGAGCCCGAGGAGGACACGGAGAGCGUCGUGUCCCCGCCGGAGCUGCCCCCGAGAAACAUCCCUCUGUCUGCCGGGCCCUGUGAGCCCAAGGAGCUUCCUCUUUUGGUGGAGAAUUCCCGAGCCCCCGAAGUCAGCCGGCCGAGCCUCUCAGAGAUGCUGCUCCAGCGACUGCAGAGUAUGGAUACCAGCGGGCUUCCAGAAGAACACCUGAAAGCCAUCCAGGAUUAUCUGAGCACUCAGCUCCCGCUGGACUCGGAAUUUGUGAAGACGGGCUCCGGAAGCCUUCCUCAUCUCAAGAAGCUGACCACGCUGCUCUGCAGGGAGCUCUACGGAGAAGUCGUCCGGACCCUCCCGUCCCUGGAGUCUCUGCAGAGACUGUUUGACCAGCAGCUGUCCCCCGGCCUCCGUCCCCGUCCUCAGGUGCCCGGGGAAGCCAACGUGGCCAGCAUGGUGGCCAAGCUGAGCCAGCUGACGAGUGUGCUGUCGUCCAUCGAGGACAAGGUCAAGGCCUUGCUGAACGAGGGGCCCGAGUCCUCCCACCGGCGUUCCCUCAUCCCUCCAGUCACCUUCGAGGUGAAGUCGGAGUCUCUGGGGCUUCCUCAGAAGAUGCACCUGAAAGUGGACGUGGAGUCUGGGAAACUGAUCGUAAAGAAGUCCAAGGACGGCUCAGAGGACAAGUUCUACAGCCACAAGAAAAUCCUGCAGCUGAUCAAGUCGCAGAAGUUUCUGAACAAGUUGGUGAUUCUGGUGGAAACGGAGAAGGAAAAGAUCCAGCGGAAGGAAUACGUCUUUGCUGACUCCAAAAAGAGAGAAGGCUUCUGCCAGCUGCUGCAGCAGAUGAAGAACAAGCACUCGGAGCAGCCCGAGCCCGACAUGAUCACCAUCUUCAUCGGCACCUGGAACAUGGGUCCCGGGACGGUCGACAGCCAAGGGCAGAUUGAGUUUCUCAGGUGCUACGCCACAUUGAAGACCAAGUCCCAGACCAAGUUCUACCUGGAGUUCCACUCGAGCUGCCUGGAGAGUUUCGUCAAGAGCCAGGAAGGAGAAAAUGAAGAAGGCAGUGAGGGGGAGCUGGUGGUGAAGUUUGGCGAGUCCCUUCCCAAGCUGACACCCAUUAUCUCCGACCCCGAGUACCUGCUGGACCAGCACGUCCUCAUCAGCAUUAAGUCUUGCGACAGUGAUGAGUCCUACGGCGAGGGCUGCAUCGCUCUCCGGCUGGAGGCCACCGAGACGCCGCUGGCCACCCACACGCCGCUCACGCACCACGGGGAGAUGACCGGCCACUUCCACGGGGAGAUCAAGCUGCAGACGGCUCAGGGCAAGAAGCGGGAGAAGCUGUACGAUUUUGUGAAGACAGAGCGGGAUGACACCAGCGGGCUGAAGUCCCUGAAGAGCCUCACCAGCCACGACCCCAUGAAGCAGUGGGAGCCAGCCAGCAGGGCUCCUCCAUGCAGUGGCUCCAACAUCACCGAAAUCAUCAACCCCAACUACAUGGGGAUGGGGCCCUUUGGGCAGCCAGCACCCCUGCCCGGGAAGCAGACGCUGUCCCCUGACCAGCAGCUCACAGCCUGGAGCUACGACCAGCCGCCCAAGGACUCCUCACUGGGGCCCGGCAGGGGCGAGAGCCCUCCGACACCUCCCUCCCAGCCGCCCCUGUCGCCAAAGAAGUUCUCGUCCUCAGUGGCAAACCGGGGCCCCUGUCUCAGGACGCAGGAGUCACGGCCUGGCGACCUGGGGAAGAGCACAGCCGACGCCUCCGCGCACGAGGACCUGCAGCCGAGCAAGCCGGAGAUGUUCGAGAACCCGCUGUACGGCUCCGUGAGCGCCUUCCCUAAGCCGGCUCCCAGGAAAGAGCAGGAGUCCCCCAAGCCGCUGCGGAAGGAGCCCCCGGCCUGCCCAGACCCGGCGCUCCUGUCGCCCAGCAUUGUGCUCACCAAAGCCCAGGAGGCCGAGGGCAGCAAGGGCCCGGGCAAGCAGGGCCCCGUGCCCUUCCUCAGCCCGGCGCCCCGACUACGCUCCUUCACCUGCUCCUCCUCCGCCGCCGAGGGCAGGCCGGCCAGUGGGGACAAGAGCCAGGGGAAGCCCAAGGCCCCCGCCAGCUCCCAGGCCCCAGUGCCAGCCAAGAGGCCCAUCAAGCCUUCCAGGUCGGAGAUGGGCCAGCAGCCCGCGGCCACGCCGAUACCACCCACCCCAUCCCCAAGGCCACCCCUGCCCAUCAAGAGCCCAGCAGUCCUGCACCUGCAGCACUCCAAGGGCCGCGACUACCGCGAGAACACGGAGCUCCCCCACCAUGGCAAGCACCGGCCAGAGGAGGCGCCGCUCGGCAGGACCGCCAUGCAGUGAAGCCUUGGGAAGCCGCUGGCGUUUCGGGUCAGGAGUCCACAGGAGCAGCAGACGCCACCCACAGCCUCUUCUGAGACCUGCCAGCUCCUCCCACCCAGCUCCCCAGGCCCAGCUUCGUAUUGUUUCAGGAAAGGGCCCAGCUUCUGAGAGGUGCAAGCCGUGGGCUGGCUGCGAGGCUGGGUACCGCGUGCUGAGAGUGGAAGGGAAACACACACCCGCUGGGCAGCGCACACCUGCACGCCGGUCCCCAGCUCCGUCUUGGUACUCGGGACCCCUGCACCUUGUUCACGUCCCCAUAAGAAAGGACCCAAAGCACCGAUUCAAGGGUGGAGAGAUCAAUAAUAAUAAUAAUAAUAUGAAUAUGAAUAAUAAUAAUGGCCACAUGGAUCGAGCACUCACUGUGUGCCACUUGCUUCCAGAACAUUCUGUCGGGACCCCCUCCAGGGCUGAGACUCCAGUCCACUAAGAACAUGCGUCCAAACCCACCAGCUGAGAACUGGGUGUCCUGAGGGGUUUGCACAAAGCAUUAAGAAGGCCAGUGCCCUCCUGGAGCAAGGCCGGGGCUCAACCUUAGGAAGCUGCAUGGUCUGAGCAGCUCAGUGAGGGUACAAAGGGCCUGGCCCUGUCCAGCUCCCCUGAUGCGGCUGCUUUAGCGAAAGCCCAGGGGGCCCGGCCCCUCAGAAGAGGAAGGGUCUGCCUGUUUCUCCAGUUCCUCAGGUGGCAGCUCCAACUCUCCAGCAGAGAGAUCUGGCCACAGCCCGGGGCCAGCCACACCAAGGCCCGUUCCGGGUGUCCGUGCCAGGUUGCCAUGUUCCCCUCGAAGUGGGCAGCCGCCACCAGGCCACGGGCUGAGCCAAGCCCCUGCCACUCACUCUGUCCCAGCGGCAGGCAGCUGCUGCUCCUGAGAGCCCAGCUCUGCAGCCUGGUUGCCUGGUAGGGUGGGCAGCUCGGUUCCGGGCUCCCGAAAUAGAUCAACCUCUGCUUGCUGAGCUCCGUGGCUUCCAACCCUGCUUCCUUGGUGACUAGAAGAAUAGGUUGGUGACAGCUCUUCUUGUACUGCUUUUUGACAUAACAGAGUUAAGGUAGGAAACCCAACCCAGUGUGUUGUGUGUGAGAGUGUGUAUGUGUGUGUGCGUGCAGAGGAGGGUCCAUACCCCAUGUGCUCAGGGGUCUCCAUCUGUGUGACCAAUAAACCAUGCCUUUCUCA